AAGACUCCUUGUCCAAUUCACAUAUCAAAUAGAAAUCAUUAUACGUUUCUCUCGCAGCUGGCGGAGAAUCUGCUGCAUCAGCUGCAAGAGAAUUUUCAAGCUCUGACUGAAAAGAUAACGCUAAGAAUGGAAGAAAUGGGCGAGCGCAUUGAUGACUUUGGGCAUUCUUU